AUGGACGGUAGGAGGACGCGGAACACGUUACCCAAAGAAAGCAAAACCUGUGAUGCGCCAGAGCCCAUCUCGAACACAAUAUUUUUAACUCUUACUGUAUCUGCUACACUAUCAGCCAUAGUGGGGAACAUACUCAUCUGUAUGGCUGUGUAUAAAACCAAAACCCUAAGAACACCCGCCAACUAUCUUCUUGUCAGCCUCUCUGUAGCAAGCCUUUUGUUUGUUCCCGUGUUGGGGGGUUACUCCUUUUCUUUCACCAUCAAAGAAUGCGAUCCGAGGGCUAAAACCUUGUGCACGUGGUCUUCGAAAAUGGAUUGGAUUUUAUUCUGUGUUGUUAUGCUUCACUUGCUGUUCAUAUCGUUGGAUCGAUUGUUAGCCAUAAAACAACCCAUGAGGUCUGUGGUGCAAGAAGAAAUUCAAAUAUUGUCGUUUGGAUUGCUACUUUGAAUUAGCACGCCAGAGAGUACUUUUAUUCCCACCGGUCCAACCGGGUAACUCGAGUCGGCGACUCAAAAACAGCCUUCCAGCUUAGGCACUGACAGAAGGGGGCACAUUUUACAUUCUAUUCUAUGAUAAUUACGUGAAUGCAUUCUUGUCUCCACUGUGUAAAAUCUCUUUUCGUAUUUACUUCAAAUUUUCCGGGAUAGAAGUAGUUAAAAUAGAAUUUUGCGCACAUUCUCACCCUUUGAUCAUAAUUUAACCAUCAAAUUAAGCCCCCACGGUUGUUUCGUAUCCAGUCGUUUCGUACCCAAAUUCGAGUCGGUUCGUACCCAAACCGCUGAUCGAUUCAUACAUUUAUUCGAAAUACUCCACGCACAAGCGCGUGAACAGAUGCCCAUCUUUGCCUACGACAAUUAAGUAGAGUCAAGCGAGUAAGAUACAAAACAAAAAAAUUUUUGUGUAUAGCCUUGAUAUUCUUAACAAAAACAACUUAAUUGUUUCCUGGCGCAAGGUGAGUGUGAUAUUUUUAACAGGAAAGUCUAUUUUUCAUAUUUGACUUUUUCUUAACACGAACAACUCGUGUCAAACUAAUAAUUUUUCCGUUUGUGAACGUCGAAAAUAUACUUUACUAGUUUGGGUGCGAAACGACCGGUAACCGAGUAGAUACGCCGGCGUGGCAUUGACGAUGGUGGAUCCAUUUCUUCCAUUUCUUGAACAGCUUAUUUUAGUGAUAGAACGCACCAGUGGAAAAUAUCCUUGUUAGUUAACUUAAUUUUUCAAGAUUAACUUCACAACCCUUCCUAGCCAAAAUGCGACAAGAAGCAAGCAAGUGAAAUCUGGUUUGGAGGCUACGAUUGAACGACAAUUCAACAAAGCCACUCCAAACCAAAAUGAUUGCUAAUUGGAGGAACAAACUGGAACUGCAAACUAUGUCUUUCAUGGUUAUUUCUCCUUUUCCCAACAGAUACCCUGUCUUGGUGACUACAAAACGUUCGCUCGCUACAAUUACUGCCCUGUGGGUCGUGGGCAUAUUAGAAGGCGUAACGCCGAACCUGAUCAAAGAAAUUAUAGGAAAGGAAGGCCACGCACUUCUGGAGCUAGCGUAUGGUUGCCCCCGAAGCAGCCUUAUUCCACGGGAAGCUCGCAUACAACCCAUAAUGCCUCAUUACCUUACUCUCUUGGCAAUAGUUAUCUUGGUGCCCAGCGGUAUCAUGCUAGUUUCACAUGCGUGGAUUUUCAUGAUCUCCUUUAGACAGUACAGACGAAUAAGAACACUAGAGGACGCUUUCUCGCGAAGGCAUGUCACUGAAUUGCGCGCCGCCAAGACCGUAGCUGUCAUCGUGUUUUCAGCGUUGGCUUGUUUCGUACCUGUUCUCGCUGUGACUCUCAUCACAACAUUUGAGCCGCCCAGCGGUAACUCACUGAACACUGGUGAAAGGAUUGUUAAGUUCAGACUCUUUCCAAGUCUAAAAAUUCUGUACUUGUUAGCAAUAAGUUUGAACCCGUUAAUUUACGCUUUAAAAAGUGAGCCUUUCAGGCAAGCAAUCAAGAGGACAAUUCGACCACGUCGUGCAAUCUGUCGCCCAAACCCUUCAGGGAACAAGUUCAAUGAAGAGCUUGCUGUUCGAAAUUAG